AUGGACUCGGAAGACUUCGACGUCGAUCCAUCAAUCGCCGAGGCAAUGGGCUUCACCGGCUUCGGCAACCAGAAAAAACGCAAGUUCGACUCCCACGACGGAUUCGUGGAUCCGAACAUCAACAAGAAGCCUCAAGGGACUGGUGCCAACAACUUACCUGUCCGUGACCGACCAGCGAAGGCCUCGGAGACUGUGAAGGCAGGGAAUGGACAUGUCCCCGAUCGCGCGCCCGGCGAAGACAGCAAGCCAAGUCUCGAGGCUUUGAGAUAUGGCGCGAGGAAUCAGAAAGGCGAUAUGGUGUACUUUCUUCCGACUUUCUUGGAGGAUCCGUGGGCUGGUUUGAAGUCACGGUGA